AUGAAUUCAUUAAAUAAUGUAACAGAAUUAAAUACACCAUGGGAUACAUUAAUCGAUUGUAUCAUGAUUAAAACAAAUCAUCCAAAUGCAAGUUAUUAUGCAUGUAUUAUUUCAACUAUAUAUGGUACAUUAAUUGGUUAUAUAUUUCCAAUGAUCGGAAUAUUUAGUUUAAUUACAAAUAGUAUUGUAGCUAUGAUAUUUUUUAGUUUAAUUCAUCAAAAAAAUUUAUAUUUUAUAUUUUUAGGUAUAUUAGCUAUUACAGAUAUUGGUUUUGAUAUAUUGAUUGGUUGGUUAUGGUUAUUUCCAGCCUAUGGUUUACCAUAUAUUACCUCAGGAACAAUCUAUUAUUUUAUAUUAACAAAAUCUUAUUUACAUUGUCGUUUAUUAAAAUCUAUACAAAUGACUUGGUGUAAUCUACGUGGUAAUAUUUAUAUCUUAUUAGCAUUUACUCGUUUAUUAUUAUUAUUAUUACAUAAACCAUUCAAUUAUAAAAUAUCUACUAAAUAUUUUAUGAUGAUACUACUUAUUACUAUAUUGAUUAUAAGUAGUAUUAUAUCAUUACCAUUAAUCCUCUAUACAGAUUUAUUAAUCACUAGACGAUUGUUUCUUACAUGUUGGUUUACUAAUUAUACAUUAUUUCUAUCCAUUUAUCAAGUAUUAUUCUCUAAUUCAUGUUUAUUUCAAUUAACAUUUGUUAGUUUCAUAGAUCUAUUAUUCUUAAUCAAGAUUAUAAAAUGGUCAAAACAACGUUAUCAAUUAACUAUACAUAAUUGCAUAGUAACUAAAUUAAAAACAAAACAAAUAUCAAAAAUAAUAACAUUAAUUGUAUUAGAUUUAAUAUCAUUUAUAUCAUCUAUACCAAGUAGUAUUCUUUAUAUUAUAUUAGUAUCUAAGACACAACCAAAUUUAGAAGAGAUACGUAUAUUCACUUUAUUAAUACAUAUGUCAUGGGGUUUAAUCAUUUUACAAUCAUCAUUGAAUAUCAUUUUAUAUUAUAAACGGAUAGAUUAUUUUCGGAAUAAUUUAAUGAAAUUAAUUAAUUGUCAUUAG